GCCGCACGUGUCGGACGAAAAGCGAACUCUCGUCAGAGUAACGUAUACCAGGCAGAGCAAUAUUCUGUGAGCUCUGGAUCUUCCCGGUAGGAGGAAAAUGACUGCUGUCAAGGUAUGCCUUCUGGCCUCUCUCCUGGUUGCAGCAGUAUUCCUCGUUGUUGCGAAAGACUCUCCUAAAGUGCGAAUCGACUCAGGAUUUGUAGUGGGCACGCGAGUCCAAGCUGGUGGAACCGAAGUGGACGCCUUCCUCGGAAUACCGUAUGCCGAGCCUCCAAUCGGUGAGCUUCGUUUCCGAAGACCUCGGCCUGUAUCUCCGUGGGAAGGUGCGUACAAUGCGACAUCAAAGCCACGCGCCUGUCGGCAAGUACCAUUCGACUUGCUUGGCCCUCUGGCGCUCGACUAUUCGGGUGCGUCAGAGGACUGCCUCCACGUCAACGUGUGGCGGCCAGCCAGAGGCCAGGAGUGUGCAACUACGCGGAAAAGUGCUGCCUGCCGUAAUGUGCCGCUUCCCACGGUUGUUUUCAUCCACGGCGGCGCCUUUCAGUGGGGUGACUCAGCGCUUUUUCUGUACGACCCCGCAAACUUUGUCGCCCUCGAGGGCGACGUCGUGUUCGUGACCUUCAAUUAUAGGGUCAGCAUGUUUGGCUUCUUGGACGCCCAGGAUCCCGAGUCUGGAGGAAACUUGGGUCUGUGGGACCAAAACAUUGUGCUCAAGUGGGUAAACAACAAUAUCGCCCACUUUGGAGGAGAUCCCGCCCGGAUCACCUUGUGGGGACAAAGCGCUGGCGCCAUGUCAGUAGCGCUGCAUGCACAGUCUUCUCACAGCGUGGGCCUUUUCCAGAAGGCCAUUAUGCAGAGCGGCGCGCCCUUCUCCUUGAUUUUGAACAAGGUCUUCAACACGCGAGCCAGUUUUAAUAACAUAGUGUCAAUGUUGAAAUGCUCCAACAUCACUAACGAAAGCGCAGGUGAUCAGCUACGCGACGUAAUGUACUGCCUUCGACAAGCGGAGGCUUCGAGCGUGUUUGAAGAGAUACAGUCAACGCGCAUUCUUCAGCGAUGGUUUGUCCCUAUCGAGAACGAUACUUUCUUCCCGCACCCGUUCAUGACUGCGAGCUCGUGGGAAAAAUUUGGAGUUCGGGACGUCCUGAUUGGCACAACGGCGAACGAGGGUACCAUGUUCUACAAUAUGGUACUCAGAGCCUUCCCAGCGCUGUCAGAUGCGCAACCAGACGAGCACAGAAUGCUAGGAGCCGCCGCACUGUCGAUGAUGUUCGAAAUGCCGUUAUCGAAAGCACGGCUGCUCGCUGACAUGUAUUACGGUGAAGACGAUGCCAAUCGCACGUACGAGCAAGCCAGGGACAUUACAGCUGAAAUCGUCGGGGACGUAUUCCUCGACUGCCCGACGGAACUGUUUGCCGAUGCCGCUGCGAUGGAUGAAGUUCGUGUGUACAGAUACUUGUUUGCUCACAAGGCUUCUCACAGCUUCGUGCCGGCGUGGAUGGGUGUGGCGCAUGGCGCAGACUUGCUAUACACGCUCGGAUCGCUGACCCUUAUGAAAGACAAAAGACGCUACACAGAACCCUUGGGUAACGUAGGCAAAAGGUUCCUGCAGACGCAGGACUACACAAAGGAUGAAGAGAUGUUCAUGAAGGAGAUGGUCCAAGCUUUCGCCCACUUUAUACGGAACGGCAAACCAGAGUUUCCUUCAGCCGGGUUCGAAUGGCCAGCAUACACAGCAGAGAGUCGUCAGCUCCUCGUUCUGAAGCCGCGAAACUACUCCAUCAUGCAAACGUCGAAGACGGAGAUCUGUGAUUUGUGGAAGAGGGCUGUCGUAACAAGCGACGGAAGCACGCAACUACCACUCGCAGCACAACUACCAAGAGAGCCGCAGAAUUCGACGCCUCCGAAGAAAAAGUGGCCAGCAGCGAAGCCUUCUACAUCAGCAUCGUCUACGAUAUUGCCAUGGGAACUGUUCAUUGUUCUUAUUACACUUUGUCGUAUUUACGAAAGUUCCAUGGACGCUAUCAACUUUACUCAGAGGGGCGUAUUCCAGCAGUUGCUACAGUUAGAUGACAAGAAGGCUUCUGGGCCAGACGGAAUACCUACUGGCUUUUUGAAAAGGGCAAACGACGGCAUGUUAGCUUUCUUCGUCAUUCCACGGAAUGAAACUGAAGCACCGGUGGUCAUCACCGACAGUGGUAAUGUAGCUGGAAUACGUAUUGAGAUAGGCGACCAAAAAGUGGACGCGUUUCUCGGAAUACCUUACGCAGAACCACCAGUAGGAGAACUAAGAUUUCAGAAAGCACGGCCCGUCAAGCCAUGGAACGGAACCUACCAAGCGACUCAGAAGCCAACGCCUUGCAGGCAACUACUCUUGCCAGUUUUCGCCGGUAUAACACUGAACUACUCAAGCGCAUCCGAAGACUGUCUGUACCUGAACGUGUGGAGACCGGCGUCAGCUUGCGGAUCGCCGGAAUCAUGCGAAGUAAAUCUGCCAGUGGUGGUGUUUGUUGACGGUAACGUGUUUCAGUGGGCCGACUCGUCGCUCUUUUUAAACGACCCUGCAAAUUUUGUCGCUCUGACAGACGUCGUGUUCGUGACCUUCAACUACAGAGUGAGUAUAUUUGGCUUCCUUUCCCUAGAAGACUCAGAGAUACCUGGAAACCUGGGCCUUUGGGACCAGAACCUGGUUCUCAAGUGGGUACAGGCCAACGUCAGGCACUUUGGAGGCGAUCCAAAUAAGGUAACGCUAAGUGGGCAGAGUGCAGGGGCAGCAUCCGUUGGACUGCACGCUAUUUCACCCCACAGCAAAAAUUUGUUCAAGAGGAUCGUCAUUCAAAGCGGAAGCCCCUUAUCACUCGUGAUAGGCCUAUUUUUCAGGGGUGUUGGAAAGUUUACCACUAUCACCGGAGCUCUUGGUUGUUAUGACUUGAGCAAAACGCUGGACGAACAAAAGAAGCAGAUUCUGAGUUGCCUUCAGAAAAUGGAAGCCUCGCGUAUCGUUGACACUGUCCAAAGAGUGGAUUUCAUCAAGCAAAUGUUCUCGCCCAUCGACGGAGAUGACUUCUUACCGGCGAGGGUCUUGUCCGUGGACGCCUACAACAACCUGGGCGCGACCGAAAUACUGUUGGGCACUGUCAAAAAUGAAGGGCCCGUGUUUCUCAGUCACCUCAAGCUCGCUUUCCCGCGAUUCAAAGACUUGAUCAUGUCCGAGUAUAGACUGGUAGCCAUCUUGGUCAUGGCGCAAAUGCUGGACAUUCCUGUGUGGCAAAGCCGGAGGAUCGCAACGGCAUACUUUGGGGGCCCUGACGAUAAACGCAAAACGCCCGAAGAAGUAGAGGCCAUUUUCGCAGAAAUGUUCGGCGACGUCACAUUCUACUGCCCGUCGCAAAUCAUGGCUGACAUCUUAGCCCAGCAGCAGGGCGUCAGCGUUUACCGAUACGUGUUCGUUCAUCGUCCUUCGUACAGCCUUUGGCCCGAAUCAUUCGGAGUCGCGCACAGUGACGAUCUUCCCUUCACCACGGGGUCACUCGUGUUCGUGAACGACACAACCCGCCACACGGUGCCAUUGGGACCGAAGGGUAAGGAGGCCCUCUCGUCUGCGCGCUACACGGCUGACGAAAAAAGCUUCAUGGAGGAAAUAGUCACUGCUUGGGGAACCUUCUACACAGAUGGGAAACCGAAGGUGCCGUUAACAGGUGGCAAGUGGCCACGGUACACGUUUGAUGAGCCGUGGGUGAUCUACCUUCAGCCGAACAACUACACGACCAUUGUCGAGCCGAAGAGGAACAUAUGUGAAGUGUGGAAACCAGUGCUUCUCAGGGACCGACGGGCAGCAGUUUGGACCGGCUUCCUGUUGGCAGCAAUCACUAUGAGACCCGCCUUGCCCCUCUCUGUCGAUAUUGGCAGGCGCUCAUUACUGCCGCUGCUCUGCACUGCCUUCGUUCUGGCAUGCAUCACAAGCCGGCGGUUGUUCGCCCAUGCAACAGCAACCUGCAAUGCAGUCGUUCGCACGGAAAAGGGCUUGAUACGUGGCAGAUGUUUGAGCAUCAGCGGCAAGAGCGUGGAAGCGUACUUGGGCAUACCAUACGCCGUGCCACCAGUAGGCUCUCUGCGGUUCAGGAGGCCAGAACCAGCUAUUCGAUGGAGGGGAAUCCUGGACGCCACACAAAUGCCGAAGCCCUGUUGGCAGCUACCACUGAGGUUCCUGCCGAACUUGACCGUCGACUACUCCCAUAUGGCGUCCGAGGAUUGCCUCUACCUCAAUGUAUGGAAGCCCGCCGGCCCCUGCUCCUCGCAAAAUGCUGCAUGUUCGAGGAAGCGCCCGGUUGUGGUUUUCAUACACGGCGGCGCCUUCCAGUGGGGCGACUCAUCUCUGUUCGUGUACAACCCGUCGAACUUCGUCGCUCUCGCUGAUGUCGUUUUUGUCUCGUUCAACUACCGCGUCGGCAUCUUUGGGUUUCUUGAUUCCAAGGCGGCUGGUAUCCAGGGGAACAUAGGCCUGUGGGAUCAGAAUCUUGUGCUCAAGUGGAUCAGAAGGAACAUUGAUCGGUUCGGUGGUGAUCCCGACGAGGUCACUCUACUAGGCCAGAGCGCCGGCGGUAUAUCCGCGGCCCUGCACUCACUGUCCCCGUACAGUCACGGCCUCUUCAAGAGACUGGUGCUGCAAAGCGGCACCCCACUCUCCCUGAUCCUCGGCAUUGCAUUCGGGGGCAGAGCCAAAAUUAUCCUCACCGCUUUGGCAAUGAACUGCUACGACAAACAUAAAAAGCUUGAAGACCAGGGCAAGGCUAUUGCCACCUGCCUGCGGAAAAUGGAGGCACCAGCGAUAUUCGCGAAGCUCGAUUCCCUCGACAUGACACAACAGAUGUUUCCGCCGUCAGAAAACGACGAUUUCAUCCCGGGCAAGGUGCUAUCCGCAGACACUUGGAAGCACUUGGCCGCCAAAGAAAUCCUUCUCGGGUCAGUGGCUGAUGAGGGCACUGUGUUUUACAACCUGCUCAAGGAAUCGAUUCCCAUCUUCAGCAAGCUGCUCUACAGUGAUUAUCGCACUCUAGUCUCCUUUUUAAUGUCGGAGAUGUUCAACAUCGACACUGUGGACGGCGAGAAGCUCGUGAAAGGCUACUUCGGCGACACAACUGAACAACCUUCUGAGAAACAACUGGCUGCCACCAUAAGCAGGAUGCUUGGCGACGCAGUGUUCACUUGUCCAACCGUCUUUUUCGGGCAAAUAGCUGCCGAACAGGGUAUUCACACCUACAGGUACCUGUUCAACUACCGGGCAACCCACAGCCUCUGGCCCAAAUGGAUGGGAGUGGCUCACGCGGAGGACAUUGCUUACACCCUAGGAUCACUGCCCUUCUUCAAAGAUGGAAAGCUGCUAGCACAGCACCUGGGGCCAAAUGCCGUCAAAUAUGCCGACCGCCUCCAUUACACGCCGGAAGAAGAGAUCUUCAUGAAGAACAUCGUCCAGAUCUGGUCCUCGUUUGUGAAAACAGGAAAACCUGUGCUGCCUCCGCCUGUUGUCGAAUGGCCUGAAUACACCCUCGAGAAUCCCAACGUAAUUCACAUAGAGUUGAACAAGUACACCAAGAAACGAGAUAAUUUUCAAAAUAGAUGCAGUCUGUGGAAGCCUAUCCUGCUAGGAACAAAUGCGACGUCGCCUGACGCGGCCACGUAAGCGGGAAUUUCCUCGUCAGAAGCACAAGAUGCUCUGCUCAGUCAAGUCUAGUCAAUACGUGUGUGAUGUCUGUGCCAUUUUGCUUGGAAAUACAAUGUAUUUUGAUGUUC